AUGCCCCUCUCGUUGCCAAAGAACCGUAGUACGGGAAACUUGGCUGCCGCAAGGAACUCUUCAGCUCAAGAUCGAAGCAGAGCACGCAUGUCCCUGGAUGCGUCCGCGGCCGCGGCGGCUGCCGCUGACCUUGAAGCUAUCGCCAGGUCUCCCAUCAUGACCGAUCACGAGCAUGGCUUAGGCCUGUCCGGCCUUCGACGAAUUAGACAGACACGCCCACCAUCCAGGAACCCUACUUUACCAGGAUCCCGAGCAUCUUCGCGAAGCCCAUCCGUUGCCGCUCUGUCUCGUUCCACUUCGAUGAGUGCGAUGGCUGCCAGCACCGGCAACUUGUCGCUCACUGGUGGUCCAUCGAAUCCCAGCUUCUCCGACGAUCUUUCUCGCUUCCCCUCCGAGUCUUUGCAUUCUUUCUCUUUCGCCAAUCAGUCCGAGGACUUUUUGCAUAACCGACAAAAUGCCCUCAAACGGUCCGUUGAGUUCAUGAAGGACCAUAUGGGUCUUCCUAUGAACUCGUCGCAGGCUGCUCUUGCAAGUGCCCAGGCAAGAGCACAGCUAAUUAGAGCUCCAAACUUGCCAAACCCCGACGAUUCUUACGCCCCGGCUCCUCUGACCGGUCCCGCUGAGGUUCAGGAAAAUGUCUUCGACAAGAAUUUUGACCCUCGAGCAUCCAGCACAAAUCUCAUCAGUCCUCGCCAGACAUCGCCACCACCUCGACGGUCAAGGGUUGGGACAACAAGAAGAUCCAUUCCACUCGAGCCAGCAGCCUAUGAGACUGUCCAUGUUCAGGAUCAACCAACUACAGCUUCUGCUAGUGGAGGUGGCACUUCAGGCUCGAAAACUACCCCAGUCCGUCCGACUCUGAGCCUCAAGCGAACAAUGACAGAUAUAACGGCCGUGUCGGCUCAAGAUAAGCUUAUAGAUACAGUUUCGCAGCCUUUCUUAAGUGGUCAGCCCAUAUAUCAAGAACCAUUAAACUCGCCAUCCUUGGCCCAACUCCCCAGCGCCACAGCGACCAGUUUCCCCACCCAGUUAGGCCCUUCUGUACAUGGACACACAAACCGCUGGGUACCCGCCGCUCAGGCGAUCUUUACCACAGAAGUUAAACCUCCAUGGACCAUUAUUGCAGCAAACGAUCUCGCCUGUCUGGUAUUUGGCGUUACAAAAGCUGAGGUGCGCAAGAUGGGCAUCUUGGAAGUUGUACAGGAGGAGAGAAGGUCAUGGUUGGAACGAAAACUCUUGAAGCAAGCAGAUGAUGAGCUUAAUGAAAGCCAAACGCCCUCGGGCCAAACAACGCCUGCCGCUUCAGCAGCUUCGGCACUGCUUAACGGGAGAUCUGGAAUAACAGCCCAGCUCCUAAGCAAGCCAAAUUCGAGGACUCAGCCACGAAGUUACAUACAAAGACGUGCACAAACGGUUCACAGCGGCGACCCAAGCCCGCCCAAGACCCGGGGCGGCGGGCAUAAUCAGACGAAUUCCUCUAGAGGAGUGCUGCUAUGCGGUGACGUGGUCCCCAUUCAGAAACGCAACGGUGCGACCGGUUCUGCUAGUCUGUGGGUCAAAGAGAAGAAGGUCGGAUUGAUAUGGGUUUUGGAAGAGAUUCACGAGGACGUCGCCUACAUCACCUUGGACGAGGACGGCAUCGUUCAACAGGUCACCGGCUCUACUGCUCCCAUCUGGGGGUUCGAGUCAAUCCCUACUGGAUUCGAUAUAGCAAGACUCGUUCCACGGAUUCCCAGACAAGGGAUUGACCCCAACACAGGAGAAAUCGACUUUGCGCAGGUUUCAAGGCGGAGAUACUUCACCUGUCCUCACUCACCCCAAGUCAAUGUGCCUUGCACAGUUGAGCAAACCCGCGGCAAGCUAGAGCUUCGUGUUUCCACGUUCCCUCACAUGGCUGGAAUUGUCGUGGUAGAGCCAGAGGGGCUUAAGAUCCGAAGCUCAAACGCAGCCUUUUGCGGUGCGCUCUUCGGGUUCGAAAAGGCCGAUGGCAUGUCGAUAAAUGCACUAAUCCCAGAAUUCGACAACAUUCUGGGGUCACUGAUAGAAGAGGAUGGUAUACAACUCCUCGAUGGUAUGGUUGUUUCUGAACAUCGUUUCAGAAAAGCUUCGGCUUUCCUGGCCUUGAAAGAACAUAGACCUGACGCUGCAUCUGCUUUCCUCCAUCCUGCAGGAUUAAGCGCCAAACACCGAGACGGAUCCGAUCUGAAGGUUGACGUCCAGAUGCGUGUAGUCAAGAGUGAAAAGAAGACCGUUGUGAUGAACGAGACGGUCUUCGAAGGCAGCGAUGAGGACAACGCCACCGGAGACGAAGCCUUCGAAGUGACCCAUUCAGAAAUAGUGUAUGCUUUGUGGAUUACUUAUUCUCGCCAUCUCCAUGGCACUCAGCCUCAUCUCGGGCUCGAAACCCCUGCCCGGGCUGGAGCUUUAACUCCUCUCCACCAGCCAUCACCUGGCCAGACCCCUGCUCAUACGCCUCUUGAGAUUGCUUCAGAUGAUGAGGGGCCCCGAAAGAACGUGUUGAUUGCUGCAAGUUCACUUUCCAAGCAUUUAAAGGAUGCCGCCAUGAAUGCUGCUGCUAAGAUCACGGGGCAGCAACCAAAGCCCAAGCCUGAAGAGGCCACUCCAGUUCCCAGGGUCGUCGAGCCUGCCCAUAAGAAAACGAUCAACGACUAUGUGAUAUUGGAGGAAAUGGGCCAGGGUGCGUAUGGCCAAGUGAAGCUAGCCCGGCACAAACAAACUGGCAAGAAGAUUGUGCUCAAGUAUGUUACCAAGCGACGUAUUCUUGUCGAUACGUGGACUAGAGACCGAAAGCUGGGCACUGUGCCCCUGGAAGUUCACGUCUUGGAGUACCUUCGCAAACCUGAGCUACUUCAUCCCAACAUCGUCGAGAUGCAAGGAUUCUUUGAGGAUGACGUGAACUACUAUAUCGAGAUGAUUCCUCAUGGUCUGCCAGGCAUGGAUCUCUUUGACUACAUCGAACUCCGAACCAACAUGGACGAGUCUGAAUGCCGCAGCAUUUUCGUACAAGUAGCCAAUGCAAUCCACCACCUCCACACCAAGGCUCGCGUGGUACAUCGCGACAUCAAGGAUGAAAAUGUAAUCCUUGAUGGAGAAGGCAACAUCAAACUGAUCGACUUUGGGAGUGCUGCAUACAUCAAGAGCGGUCCAUUCGACGUCUUCGUAGGCACAAUCGAUUACGCCGCUCCUGAAGUUCUCGCUGGCAAGCCUUAUCGGGGCACAGAGCAAGACGUUUGGGCAUUAGGUAUUCUCCUUUACACCAUUAUUUACAAGGAGAACCCAUUCUACAGUAUUGAUGAAAUCAUGGACCGUGACCUGCGAAUACCCUAUAUUCUGAGCGAGGAGAGUAUCGACCUCAUUCGAUGCAUGCUGGACCGAGAUGUCGCUAAACGCUACGAUAUCAACCAGGUGCUGGAGCAUCCUUGGUGCCAGGCUGCUGUUGAAGAAUAA